AAAACCUGAUUUUCCGCAUGUGCUGCUCAGCUCUGUGCAGAAAACAUUACCUUGACGACAAUCUGAGUCGUAUAUCGGUUUAUUAGAAGAAGGCUUUUGCAAAAUAGUAACAUCUUCUACUUAACUUUUAAUCGAUAAUUGGUCCUGGAAUUGUUUUUGCUGCUGGCGAAUUAAGGUCUUGACAAAUUGAUAAACAGUAAGGGACUAUCGUCCAACAAGGUCAACAAGGCAAGGAGUCUUGGUGUUUAUUCAGAUUUCCUGAAGUGCAUGAGAAGACAACUGCAGUUAAUUACUAUGUCCAGGCGUUUCAUCCUACAACCAAAACAUGUGUGGAGACAACUGCGCUUUGCUUCCACCAAAAAAACUUCGAUGUUAUUAGAGAAACCAAAUCCUCCCCCAGGGAUAUUUGGCUUGUAUUUGAGGGACAACAGUGAUGAAUUUCGCUCCAAAAAUAUCUACUUAAAUCAAAACGAGCUGAUCCGCUUGAUUGGUGAUCAAUGGAAAGAGUUACCUGAUGGUGAAAGAGAAGCUUAUAGGCYAAUGUACAUGGAGCAGGUCGAGAAGUACAAACAACAGCUGAUAUCAUUUGAAGAUGCGAUGAGUGACGACGAGAGGAUAGUCCAGACGUUAAAAGACCAAAACAAACAGCUAACCGAGACCGAAGCAGCCUCAAAAGCUCCUAUUGAAUUCCCCAAAAGGCCCACAACUGCUUUUGCUUWUUUUCUGAAAGCAGCUCGGGAAUCAUUUCCUAAAAAUUCCAUGCAGACGACGGGCGAAUGGAACGAGUCGAUGGCCCAAAAAUGGCGAGAUAUGAACGAGGACGAMAAGCGAAAAUUCAGAGAAGCCAGUAAGAAGUCUUACAUGAAGUUUGCCAUGGAAAGGGAUGACAAAGAAACAUUUAGUCUUGAUGAAGUUGGUGGUUUUCAACGUUGAAUAUCAAAAAUAAAAUAAAAAAUACGACUGAAGCUUUGUGAAGUAAUGGUAAAAUAGAAAAAAAGGAAAUGUGAUAUUUUAUAAUUAACAUUUUGACAUUUUUGCACAUAUGUUUGAAAGUUCACAGCUGAGGUAUUUAUAAAUCGAUACAGUUGGAGUGACAUUCAUGAUUAUUUCUGUUAAUUGAAAAUUGAAUAAAAACUUGCUAUAUUAUUUA